AUGAGACACAUUGAGAAAGAAAGGGACAAAACAGCAAGACAUGCCAAGCGGUUAGACACUGAAAUAAGGAAAAUUGAGAAAGAAAGGGACAAAACAGCAAGACAAGCAAAACGGUUAGACAAAGAGUCGAGAAACAUUGAGAAAGAAAGGGACAAAACAGCAAGACAAGCAAAACGGUUAGACAAAGAGUCAAGAAACAUUGAGAAAGAAAGGGACAAAACAGCAAGACAAGCAAAACGGUUAAACAAAGAGACAAGAAACAUUGAGAAAGAAAGGGACAAAACAGCAAGACAAGCAAAACGGUUAGACAAAGAGUCGAGAAACAUUGAGAAAGAAAAAGACAAAACAGCAAGACAAGCAAAACGGUUAGACAAAGAGUUGAGAAACAUUGAGAAAGAAAAAGACAAAACAGCAAGACAAGCAAAACGGUUAGACAAAGAGUUGAGAAACAUUGAGAAAGAAAGGGACAAAACUGCAAGACAAGCAAAACGGUUAAACAAAGAGACAAGAAACAUUGAGAAAGAAAGGGACAAAACAGCAAGACAAGCAAAACGGUUAAACAAAGAGACAAGAAACAUUGAGAAAGAAAGGGACAAAACAGCAAGACAAGCAAAACGGUUAGACAAAGAGUCGAGAAACAUUGAGAAAGAAAGGGACAAAACAGCAAGACUAGCAAAACGGUUAGACAAAGAGUCGAGAAACAUUGAGAAAGAAAGGGACAAAACUGCAAGACAAGCAAAACGGUUAAACAAAGAGACAAGAAACAUUGAGAAAGAAAGGGACAAAACUGCAAGGCAAAGCAAGAGAAAUGACCAAAUAUUUAGAUUUUCUGAGAAAGAAAAAGAGAAAAUUGCUAAACAAAAAGAAAGAACGAAUAUAGAUGUAAUGAAUAAUGAGCGUGACAGAGAUAUCAGAAGAAAACGGAAGUGUAGGGAAGAUUCUGCAUUUUGUGAAUUGGAACGCAUUAGAAAAUCUGUGAAGAGAAAUAAUUUGGAUUAUCGUGAGAAUGAACAAACUAGAGAAAAGAGUGCUAAAGCCCAAAAAAGAAAAGAUCCUCAUUUUUGUAGGACGGAAAAGGUUGCAAGAAAACAGAGAAAGUAUGGAUCAACACUGACAGAAACAAUAUCGGUAUUUAACAAAAAAAUAGAAGAAGGACCAUUCUAUGUAUGUACUUGCUGUCACCAGACCUGGUUUUCUCAUUCAGUUGUAGAUAGCAGCUUUCUUAGAAAAAAUUUACCAUCUGAAGAUGUUGCAAAAUUUCUCACCAAAUAUAUAUCAGUUGGAGGAAAAGAGUGGAUAUGUUUAACCUGUAAGAAAUCAAUACAAGAAAAGAAAAUGCCAAAGUUGUCAUUAGCAAACCAUGCACAAUUUCCUACCAAACCUGAAGAACUUGAACUUCAUCAGUUAGAAGAACGUCUCAUUGCUUUACGGAUUCCAUUUAUGCAGAUAAGAGAGUUGCCUAGAGGAAGACAGUUAUCUAUAAGAGGAAAUGUUGUUAAUGUUCCAGUAGAUAUCCAACCAACUGUAAACUCUUUACCAAGACAGUUUAACAAUGACAUAACAGUUCCAGUACGUUUAAAGAGGAGACUAAGUUACAAAACUUGUGAUUUUGUGGAAAAUGUGAGACCACAGCAUGUAAUCAUUGCAUUACACUGGUUGAUGAGGCAUAGCCAAAUGUACAAAGAUGCAAAAAUUCAUUUAGAUGAAGACUGGGAAGCCAGAUAG